GCAAUUGUCAACGGUAAGUGUGAAAAGAAAAAGAAAAAGAAAAAGAAAAAGAAACAGACAGGAGAGAGUGGGAGAGCGGGGCGGUCGGGAGAGAGACUUUUGGCGAUGGCGGAGAAGUACAGACAGCUGAGGGCGGCGGUGGACGGGGUGCCGGCGGUCGACGCCCACGCCCACAAUUUGGCUGCCGUCGACUCCGCCUUCCCCUUCCUCCGAUGCUUCUCCGAGGCCGACGGCGACGCCCUCUUCUCCUUCGCCCCCCAUUCCCUCUCCUUCAAGAGGAGCUUAAGGGAAAUUGCUCAACUGUACAACUGCGAGGCUUCGUUGGAUAAAGUGGAAGACCACAGAAAAUCUGCUGGAUUAGUUUCAAUUAGUUCGAAAUGCUUCAAAGCGGCCAAUUUAUCUGCAAUCUUUUUAGAUGAUGGUAUCCAGUUUGACAAAAUGCAUGACUGGGAGUGGCACAGUUCUUUUGCUCCUGCAGUGGGCAGAAUUUUAAGAAUCGAACAUUUGGCGGAAACCAUUCUUAAUGAUGAGGCAUUCGGUGGAUCAAAGUGGACGAUAGAUUCGUUCACCCAAACUUUUCUGACAAAGAUGAAAUCAGUUGCUGAUAAAAUUGUCGCGAUGAAAAGCAUAGCUGCUUAUAGAAGCGGAUUAGAGAUAGACCCAGAAGUUAGUAAGAUUGAAGCUGAAGAAGGCCUUCAACAAGAGUUAAGUGGUGCGAAGCCUAUUCGCAUAACCGAUAAGAGCUUCAUUGAUUACUUAUUCACCUGUAGCCUGGAGGUUGCUCUAUCCUUUGACUUGCCAAUACAAAUUCAUACAGGAUUUGGAGACAAGGACUUGGAUCUGAGAAAGUCCAAUCCCCUUCAUCUACGGCGUGUUCUUGAGGACGAAAGAUUUUCUAGAUCUCGAAUUGUUCUUUUACAUGCUUCUUAUCCAUUUUCAAAGGAAGCAUCAUAUCUUGCUUCAGUUUACUCGCAGGUCUACCUUGAUUUUGGUUUGGCGGUUCCGAAGCUUAGUGUCCAAGGAAUGAUCUCUUCAGUCAAAGAACUUUUAGAGCUAGCGCCUUUGAAAAAGGUGAUGUUCAGCACUGAUGGCUAUGCUUUUCCUGAAACUUUCUACCUUGGCGCGAAAUGGGCCCGUGAUGUUGUUUUCAGUGUUUUGUCAACUGCAUGUGAUGAUGGCGAUCUAACUAUUGCAGAGGCUAUUGAAGCGGUGGAGGAUAUAUUUAGAAAUAAUGCAUUGCAGCUCUACAAGUUGAAUGGAAUUGUUGGAUCUAUAAAUAAUUCUUGUACCAAAUCUUUUGAGAACACACUAAAAUCUAAUAUUUCAAUCAAAGAUACAGUAUUUGUUCGAGUUAUCUGGGUUGAUGCUUCAGGCCAACACCGAUGUCGUGUUGUUCCAUCAAAACGAUUCUAUGAGGUUGUGAAGAAUACUGGUGUUGGUUUAACUCAAUGUUCAAUGGCAAUGAGCUCAUUUUGUGAUGGUCCAGCAGAUGGAACCAACCUUACAGCUGUGGGUGAGAUCAGACUUAUGCCGGAUUUAUCAACGCUUUGCAGGAUCCCAUGGUCAAAAGAAGAGGAAAUGGUAUUGACCGACAUGCACAUAAAGCCUGGUGAAGCAUGGGAGUACUGCCCUAGAAGUACCUUGAGAAAAGUUACAAAGAUUCUAUAUGAUGAAUUUAAUCUGUCGAUCAAUGCAGGCUUUGAAAAUGAAUUUUAUAUCCUUAGGAAAGUAGUAAGUGAAGGGCAUGAAAAGUGGGUACCAUUUGAUUUGACCCCUUACUGUUCCACAUCAGCAUUUGACGGGGCAUCUCCAAUUUUACGAGAAAUAAAUGCUGCUCUUCAAUCCUUGGAUAUUUCAGUUGACCAGCUGCAUGCGGAAGCCGGGAAAGGACAAUUUGAAAUUGCAUUAAAGCAUGCAUCAUGCAUUCUUGCGGCUGAUAAAUUGAUCUACGCUCGUGAAGUUAUAAAAUCUGUUGCGAGAAAACAUGGGUUAUUAGCAACAUUUGUUCCAAAGUGUUUCUUAAAUGAUGUUGGCUCAGGAUCUCAUGUGCACCUGAGUUUGUGGGAGAAUGGACAAAAUGUUUUUAUGGGAUCUAAUGAUUCUGAGACUCGAUAUGGAAUGUCAAAAAUUGGACAACAGUUCUUGGCAGGAGUUUUCCAUCAUCUCCCAUCACUCUUAUCAUUCACUGCUCCACUUCCAAACAGUUAUGAUCGAAUUCAGCCGGAUACAUGGAGUGGAGCUUAUCACUGUUGGGGAAAAGAGAACAGGGAAGCUCCAUUGAGGACUGCAUGCCCACCUGGUGUACCUCUUGAUCUUGUCAGCAACUUUGAGAUUAAAUCCUUCGAUGGUUGCGCAAACCCACACUUGGGACUCACUUCAAUAGUUGCUGCGGGGAUUGAUGGCCUCAGGAGAGGCCUAAGCUUGCCUGAACCAAUUGAAACAAAUCCUUCAGACCACGGUUCAAAACUUAGACGGCUGCCAAAAGAACUACGGGAAUCUGUAGAAGCACUUGCUGGAGAUGAGAUUUUGAACGAAUUAAUCGGCAAAAAACUUGUGACUAGUGUAAUAGGCAUUCGCAAGGCUGAGAUUGAUUACUAUGGAAAGAAUCCAGAGGCAUAUAAAGACCUCAUUCAUCGCUAUUAGGGUUUUGGCAUGUUGAAUAAAUGUAGCUUUCCUUAGUUGGUAUCCGAAGUUUUUCAAGUGCAAGUGUUCUAAUUGCAUUUUAAGUUUUCCUUUCCUUUUUCUUUUUUUUCCUGUUAAAGUUAUACUUUUCUUGAUUUGUAGCCUGCAUUUACAUCACAACCUUUAAUUUAAGUUUUUUAGAUUUUCCCUUUUAA